AUGUCCUCAAUAACCACUCCCAACACAUCAACCCGAUAUGAAGUGGAGAUGCUAGACAACUGGAAGGGCGUAAUCGACCCACAGAAACGACGGACCCUGCAGAAUCGCCUGAAUCAACGGGCUCACCGACGCCGUAAGAAGACUGCACAGGCCCAGAGAACGAUUCCGAAGAAUGCCCCUAUCCGUCCAAUGGAGAAGGAGACCUCUUCAGCCGUCUCACUUCCAUCCUCAACACCGCUGAAUAGCAGCAAGGGGACACCCACUACGCAAUCCACCCCCCAAAUAACCCUAACUCUCCCCUCCCUCCUCUAUACCCUAAACACCCUGCGCAUCCUCGGCCCCUCAGCCCCCCACUCGCAACAGACCCUCACCCACCUCGAACACCUCCUCUCCAAGCACCUCCAAUCCACACCAUCCCCAACAACAGACCUCCUCCUCCCCCUAACCCGCGUGAACGUCCUGCGCGCACUGCACACCAACAUCGCAAUCCUGGGCUACACCGCAACCGAAAUGCACGACGCCGCGGUGUCCCCGUUUGCCACAAUUGGACCCGUCAAGCCCUGUCUGCGAAAUACAGAGGACCCUUCGUUCCCGGCCUCUCUCCGGCCAACGCCCACCCAGCUAUGCACCCCGCACCACCCCUGGCUCGACCUCCUCCCGAUCCCGAACAUGCGCGAUACCCUGAUCCGCGCUGAGUCCGCGCUCGGCAACGCCUUCGACGAUAUUGCACUAUGCAGAGCGAUGUGCGGGCACGGGACCCUCUCACCCCCCGACCCUGGAGGCGUGAAGGGGGAUAUCGGGCGCGGCGAAACAGGGAUCAUCAUCUGGCGGGACCCGUGGGAUCCAGCGGGGUGGGAGGUCACGGAGACGUUUGUGCGGCGGUGGGGGUGGGUUGUUCGCGGGUGCACGGAGCUCUUUCGGAGUACGGAUUGGUGGAGGGGGGUGAGGGGGGAGAGGGCGCUGUUUCGGGGGUCUUGA